CUUCCGGAAGCCGAGUCACCGCAAACCUCGGCUUACUUGGACAUCAACAUCAGUGCCAGCAAAACAUAUUCUGUGCUCCCAGUCUGCCUUAAGGUCCCCAACACUCUCAAGGAAGGACUCAGUGCUCGCAAUGGCUCGCGUCGGCAAUGCCAACAGCCACACCGGACUCGUGUGGGGAGUGUACUUCCUGGACCUCCUCGCCUGGAUUAUACUCCUGGCAGGCAUCUCCUCGCUGCAGCGCAAUGACUAUGUCGAGCGCGGUGGGACUGUCUCGGACACCUACUCUUUCCAGUGGUGGGCCGUGAUCUUCCAGCUGAUCACCCUCGUUGGUGUCUUCUACGCUGUGGCGAUGGGCCACCACGAAAUCGGCCGCACCGCCAUUAUCGCUUUCUUGGCCAUCUCCACUGUCCUCCUCUUCGGCGAGACAAACACCUUCUACGGCAGCUACAAGCGUGGACUUGAGCCUCACCGCCGCAUCACCACCUACUUUGUGGGCGCCCUGGUCAGCGCGGCCCUCAACCUGCUGCUCAUCAUUUUGCUGGGCAACACUGCCAUGGAGAUUGUCUCCCCCUUCAGGCGCGGCGGCGUGGCCAAGCACGGCCACCACACUGGAGCCACCACCACCGGCACUGCCACUGUGUAAAUAGACAGUUGUCUGUUCUGUCAAAGACAGCUGCUAUGCAUGCGUGUACUGGAAAGGAUGCGGCUGGCCCUUGUCAGUCUAUAGCGUUCGGUUGACACCUGCAGUGCAUGGGGAAAAGCGGAAGGAUGCGGCUGGCUUUCGUCAGUCUGUAGAGUUCAGUUGACGUGACGUUUAGUUCGAGUUUGCUGCUGCGUACAUAAGUUCAGCGACCGCUCUCUGUCGGGCACAAGAGAGGCCGUGUGCUGUUUUUUGGUCUUCCUCACCAGCAGUGUAUGGAGCUUUUCAAGCGCAACAAAAUUUUGACCCAAGAACGGAUAUAUAUUUUCUUGUACGGCUUGCAUUUUUGCCAACUCCUUGUUCUCUUCCAGCAUGUUGAUUUAAAGCCUGGAUGGACUACAUUAUGUGUCAUUGCUGCGGUCACCCGUGUGCAUGCACUGCUGCACAGCCAUUGCUAGUAUUUGGUGUCGAUGUAGCGCAGCUUGGCUUGUAGCAAUCAAUGUCUUUCGCAAUUGCUGUAACCGGGCAUUUUUAUAGACAUAC